AUGGAAAAAGGCGUGAGGAAGAAUAGUCGCUGCAGCUGGGUGGCACCUCUUCCACUCAAGCCACCCAGACUUCGACUUCCUAACAACCGACAACAAGCACCUGAACAGUGGCAUUACAUACCCACGGAUAAAAACCCAGCUGACUAUGGAACCAGAUCAAUUCCUGCCAUCCAAAUGUCUGCUACAGCCUGGCUCAACAGUCCAUCUUUCCUCUCCAACUCCUUGUUCAACCGUUUUGAACCCAACUUCUACUGCCUUAUUGAUCCUGAAAACGACGUCGAAAUCUGUCCAGUAGUGGCAACCUUCACCACCCACUCAUCCCCUGUGCUGCUCAGUGCUCAUCACUACAGGAAGUUCUCCACAUGGACGGCACUUACACAGGCAAUCGCUCGUUUGAUCCACAUCUCUCAGUCAUUUCAGAAAGAGACUAGGUCGAAUGACUGCAAGGGCUGGCAUUACUGUCGAGCAACGUUUCCGAUAGAAACACUGGUGCAAUCCAACAAUGUGGUCCUCCGGUCGGCGCACAGAGACACCAAGCACCAUAUAGCAUCCCUGCUUAUUAGGCACCACCAUAAGCAGGUACAUAACCAGGGACGUCACUUUACAGAGGGCGCAGUCCGUGCUGCUGGCUUCUGGAUUGUCGGUGGAAAAAGAAAUGUCAGCAAAACCAUUUACUACUGUGUAAUUUGCAGAAAGCCCUGUGGACCUAUGCAGAUCCAAAAGAUGGCAGACCUACCAGAAGAUCGCCUAUCUAUGGAACCUCCCUUCACAAAUGUGGGGCUCGACAUUUUGGGGCCUUGGCCCAUUACUUCAUGUCGGACCAGAGGAGGCUUGGGCAAGCAGUGGGCCACCAUAUUUACAUGCAUGACCACCAGAGCAGUUUACAUCGAGGUCUUGAAGUCACUCGAUACAUCAAGCCUGAUAAAUGCUCUCAGGCGCUUCUUUUCCAUCCGGGGUUCUGCAAAACUUAUCCAUUCUGACCAAGGCUCCAAUUUUGUCAGAGCCAGAAAUGAACUCAAAAUCAAUUCCACCCUAGAUGCAAGUGCGGUGAGUAAACACCUCUCUGACUACGGUUGUACUUGGUUAUUCAACCCUCCGCAUGCACCACACAUGGGUAGAGCGUGGGAAAGAUUGAUAGGUAUAGCCAAGAGAAUUUUCAAUUACAUGUUGCUGCAACAUGGAAGUACCAAACUAACCCAUGAAGUGUUCACCACCUUUCUGGCUAAGGUCGCUGCCAUUGUUAAUAACAGACCACUUGUCCCAGUAUCCACAGACCUAGAGGACCCAGUUCUGCUCACACCUUCAACACUCCUCGCCCAAAAGAUUGGCUCUGUUCCUGCACCGACUGGUAACUUCACCAGAAAGGACGUUUCUAGAUGA